GCUCCCUCCAGUCUGCUACGCAAAGCAGCGGGCUUGGGCACAACUCUCCCCGCGUUUCUACACACAGGCUCGUCUGCGUGAGUCGGAGACGGAGUCGAGUUAUCCGCUCUGAAUAAACAAGGACUCCGUCCCCUCCUGGUGUCUGCUUUCAAAUUAAUCAGUGAUGAGAGUGGCCGAGAGGAAAGACGGACGCUUUUCUUCUAUGUGGACCGUCAGUGCGCAAAAGUGCGCUCCGCGGCUCAGCAUCAUCCUCAUCCUCCGCUCCUGAGAUCAACCCAAACCCGAGAGGCGCGCAGAGAUCUUCCCAGAAACCCCCGUGCGAGAUGUGCUGUGGACUGCCGAUGAUUUCUCCUCCUCCUCCGGUUCAAAUUCAAUGGCAGACAAAGACUGCACUUCUCCCUGCUCUUGUUAUCACUGAGCUCAGAAAGACAGAUCUGGUCCACAGCUAAACCAUUGUCUGCUUUUCUGCUCCUGUCUCAUUGCCAAUCUCUGCUCUUCAUACCAUCACCAUGGCUUGUUUCCUGGCAUCUGCCUUUCUUCUGGUUCUCCAGACAUACGCUGCACCACCUGAGCUUGUCCAGGCCGGAUUUGGCAUUACACUGGACCCCAUGGACCUCGAUGCUGGGCUUGUCAAUGUCUCUGGAGAUAUAACCUCAUCUCCACCCCUAGGGACUAGUAAAAGAGCCCCACACAGUAUCAUUAUUGGGGUACGCAAGGGGGGCACACGAGCACUGUUGGAGAUGCUGGACAUACACCCUGAGGUUGCUGCUGCUGCCACCGAGGUGCACUUCUUUGAUUGGGAUGAGAACUAUGCCAAGGGCUUUGAGUGGUACCGUGAGUUGAUGCCCUACUCAUACCCUCACCAGAUCACAGUGGAGAAAACUCCAGGUUACUUUACAUCAGCUCUUGCACCAGAACGCAUCUGUGCCAUGAACUCAUCCAUAAAGCUGCUGCUGAUCUUACGAGACCCAUGCGAGCGGGUUAUCUCCGACUACACCCAGGUGUACUUCAACCGGCUGGAGAACCACAAGCCAGUACAAGCCAUUGAGAACCUCCUAGUGCGCAACGGAGCCCUGAAUAUCCGAUACAAGGCCAUUCAGAGGAGCCUGUACGACGUCCACAUGCGCAAUUGGCUGCGCCACUUCCCACUGGAGCAGAUACACAUCGUAGAUGGGGAUGCUCUGAUCCGUGACCCCUUGCCAGAGCUUCAGAAGGUGGAGCGCUUCCUCAACUUGCCUCCAAGGAUAGUAUCCUCCAACUUCUACUUCAACCAGACCAAGGGGUUUUACUGUAUCAGAAGUGAUGGCCGAGAGCGCUGUCUGCAUGAGUCUAAGGGACGUCCUCACCCGGCUGUCAACAGCACUGUCCUCCAGCAGCUCCGCUCUUACCUACGGGAACACAACCGAACCUUCUUCAGGCUGGUGAAGCGCACCUUCGACUGGCAAUAAGGAUCCCAGAUCACAAAUCGGACUCAAGGGAGCCACUACCUUGUCUGUGAUGAGGACAAAAAGGGGCAUAAAGCACUUUACAGAACUGACAUUUAAAAACCCCUUUGAAUAGCCUCUUAAUAACUACUGUUGUGGUCUCUGGUUUCAGCAGAGCAGUUCUAUAUUUACACAAUAAGGCAAAAAAAAAAAAGAAGAAAAACUGUAACUAGAGGCGUAAGAUUAAAUGGAAGAAUCUCCAAGCUUAAUAAGUCAUUCUCUCUGUGCUGAAGGCGUUUAAGUGAUCAAAUUGCAGCGAAAACAAGUUUAUGAAACUGAUGAACUUUUUUUCCUCUCUCUUGUUUGAUAUUCUUGUUCUUGAUAAUAAAUUGUUCUGCUUUCAAAUGUAACAGAAAAGUGGCCUGUUUCUGUUUCUCUCCAUUUUCAUUUAGGCCAUCAAAAACC